AUGAAGUUCCCCAAGCAGCAUGGGCUGGGACGGUGGCACCCAGAGACUGAACUCAUCCUUGGUCCCCGGUACGGCACAACUUCCUCUCCACCUGCUGUCACCGCCUCAGCCUUGCCUGCCCUGAUCUGGACCCACGGCUAUUCAGGAAGCAUGAGGGCCCACUGGGAGACAGCUGAGUACCUCGCCAGGACCGGGUGGAGUUUCUGGCAGCUAGGGCUCUCCAAGGCCCUUGGCCCACUGCAAGCUGCCUGGGUCACCUUCUCUCAGCCUGUCCCAACCAGCUGUGGCCAGCUGCUGACCCAGCUCCUCCUGUGCGGUUCCCUGGCUGUCGCCACUGCAGGUCUGAUGCACCACUGGCUGGUGUCCUCGCUGCUUUAUCUCCCCGGACCCUCAGCCACGGUGGCCAUUGUGUGUGGCCUCCUGGUCUUCCUGGUGCUCGGCUUGGUGCCCCCCGCCCGCUGUCUGUUUGCACUCAGCAUCCCCAGCCUGGGCACGGAGCAGGGCCGCCGCCUGCUCCUGUCCUGGAGUGCUGCCACCCUGGGCGCCGCCGUGGUGCCCAACGUCUUGGCCAACGUGGGCGCUGCCGGGCAGGUGCUGAGAUGUGUCACAGAGGGCUCCCUGGAAAGUCUGCUCAACACCACUCAGCAGCUGCACGCGGCGUCCACGGCCUUGGGCCCCACGGGCCAAGCGGGCAGCCGGGCCUUGACGCUGCAGGCCCCGGGCAACGGUUCUGCGUUCCGGCUCCACGUGCUCAGGGCCACUCAGCAGGUGCUGGAGGACUUCUCUGACCUGGAGUCCCUGGCCCAGGGGGCAGUGCUCGGGACCCAGCAGGUGGUCACAGGGCUCUUUACGCUGGGCCUCCUGGUGGACUCAGGCCGGUACCUCCAUCACUACCUGACUGACCUGCAGUUUGACAAUAUCUACGCCACACGGCAGCUGCUUUGGCAGCUGGAAGAGGCCCAGGCCAUGCACCUGGUGGCCUCCCCGCCAGCCUGGCUGCUCUGGGCAGCCCGGCCGAAGCUGUCCCCGGGGGAGCUGCUGUGUUGUCUCCUGAGGCUAGGGCUGCUCAUCCUGCUCCUGAUGGCCACAGCUGUGACGGUGGCCACAGACCACGUGGCCUUUCUCCUGGCUCAGGCCGCCGUGGACUGGGCCCAGAAGCUGCCCACAGUGCCCAUCACGCUCACGGUCAAGUACGAUGCCACAUACACGGUCCUGGGCUUCGUCCCCUUCCUCUUCAACCAGCCCCCUCCGGAGAGCCCCUUCCUCUCCACUCACAACUCCUUGCAGUGGGAGCUCCGCUUCACCUCCCCGGGCUGCCCGCUGCUGCCCGCCCAGCGCCCCCGCACCGCCGCCCCCCUGGUGGCCGGGGCCCUGCAGCUGGCGGCUUGUGCCACCGUCCUGCUGGAGACCUACGCCCGGCGCCUGCGGCACACCAUCGCCGCUUCCUUCUUCUCUGCCCAGGAGGCCAGGAGGGUCCGCCACCUUCACGCCCGGCUCCAGCGCAGAUACGACAGGCACAGAGGCCAGCGGCCGCCCGCGGGGACGCCCUCCUGUCCCGACCCCCGGGCUUGCCAGCACCCACCCAGCACGGAUAGCCAGGCCUACCGCGUGCUGGACGCUGCGAAGAACAGAGGGCACGAGGGCCGAGGGGAAGGCGCCUGGGAGCCCACAGACCUUGGUCUUCCUGCUGCUUGCUGUGUGACCUUGGGUAGAUUGCUUCACCUCUCUGAGCCUCAGUUUCCACAACUGCAUAAUAAUAACCCAUGUGACCUACUUUCCACCUGGGGAUGUGGGAGGGAAGGAAUUCGAUAUUGGGCAUAA